UCCUUUUUCCAGUCCCUUCCCAGGAAAGGAGGAAGGAGGGUUGGCCUGGCCCCCCCACCCCCAAGGCCUGGCAUGUGGGUACCACAUGCGAGACCCCCUUAGAACUUUAUGUUCAUUCUCAGGUCAGGCUUGCCAGCCUUUAGGUGAUGUGCUGUCGUAGGCCAUGCCCAGUCUGGAGGAAAGUUCUUGAAGUUUUCCUGGAGAAAAGAGUAUGCAGGGCACCCUAGGAGGAGGAAUAGGCCCUGGGCUGUCUCCUGUAGACACACGGACACUUCUGAUCUUUGCCUUCAUCCUGGCUGUAGCUUGGGGCCAAAUGAAUUUCACAGGCCAUCUUUUAGUCCAGGCUGCCUUCUUCUCCACGCUGCCUCUUUCAGCCCACCCAGCAUCCCAGGAGGCUCCAUCGCUGUCUUCACCCUCCCCAUGUUUUCCCAGAGACCAGGUUCUUCGAGUCCUGGCCAAAGAUGAGAAGCAGCUGUCACUUCUCAGGGAUCUGGAGGGCCUGAAGCCCCAGAAGGUGGACUUCUGGCGUGGCCCAGCCAGACCUAGCCUCCCUGUGGACAUGCGAGUUCCCUUCUCUGAACUGCAUGACGUCAAAGCUUAUCUGAAGCGUCACGGCCUUGCUUAUAGCGUCAUGAUUAAGGACAUUCAGGUGCUGCUGGACCAAGAGAGAGACGCCAUGGCAAGGUCGCGCAGGCUGGAACGCAGCACCAAUAGCUUCAGCUACUCUUCUUACCACACUCUGGAGGAGAUAUACAGUUGGAUUGACAACUUUGUAGCUGAACAUUCUAAUCUGGUCUCCAAAAUUCACAUCGGCAACAGCUUUGAAAAUCGGUCAAUUCUUGUCCUGAAGUUCAGCACUGGAGGCUUCAAUCGUGCAGCUAUCUGGAUCGACAGUGGGAUUCACUCCCGAGAGUGGAUCACUCAUGCCACUGGCAUCUGGAUCUCGAAGAAGAUUGCCACUACAUAUGGCAAAGACCAUGUCUUGAAAAAAAUUUUGAAUGCCAUGGACAUUUUCAUAGAGAUUGUCACCAACCCUGAUGGCUUUGCUUUUACUCAUAGCAUGAAUCGCCUGUGGCGAAAAAACAAGUCAAGUUGGCCAGGCAUCGCCUGUAUUGGCGUGGACCUCAACAGGAAUUGGAAGACAGGCUUUGGAGGAAAUGGUUCUAACAAGAACCCUUGCUCAGAGACUUACCGGGGGCCCGGCCCUCAGUCGGAGCCAGAGGUGGCUGCAAUCGUGGACUUCAUCACAGGCCAUGGGAACGUCAAGGCUCUGAUCUCCAUCCAUAGCUACUCGCAGAUGGUCAUGUACCCUUAUGGCCACUCUCUGGAGCCUGUGCCAAACCACGAGGAGCUGUUCAAUCUUGCCAAGGAUGCAGUGAAGGCUCUGUACAAGGUGCACGGGAUGGAGUACAUUUUUGGCAGCAUCAGUACCACCCUCUAUGUAGCCAGUGGGAUCACGGUGGACUGGGCUUAUGACAGCGGUAUCAAGUAUGCCUUCAGCUUCGAGCUCCGGGACACUGGACAAUAUGGCUUCCUGUUGCCGGCCUCACUGAUUGUUCCCACAGCCCAGGAGACAUGGAUGGCGAUACGGACCAUCAUGAAACAUACCCUGAAUCACCCCUAUUAGCCACUCUGUGGAAGCCAGAGCAGUUGGCCUUUCCCUGUCUCCCCAAGGCCUGGAACUCCUCCUGAAUCCCAAUUCCACAACCCUUCCCCACACCCUCGUGGACCCUUAGAAAAUAGAAGCAAGUUUGAACAGGCCUCACUGCCUCUAGUGUUAGCUGCCACCUCUUUGGGCUCAGUGUCAGAAAGGACAGAGGGUGGUUGGGCAUCCCUCAGGCAACUUGACAUGUCUGGGACACCUCCCCACCCCCACUGCCUUCAGGAAAAUGUGAGGCCUGAGCUCUGUUGUUCUCUCUCUCUUUCCUCCCUGGGACCAACCAAAACAUACAUUGUUUCAGCAGUUUUUGACAUUUUAUUACGAUCCAGAGAGCACCA